CUUAAGCAAAAACCAAUUCUGGUACCGAAAGGCAGAACGUGCGAUGAUGAGUGAAGACGACGAAGGAGAAGGAGAAGAAGAAGAAAGACGAAGAUGAAGAAGAACAAACACACACUCUGAUUACCACCGUUACAUCGACGCACAUUAAUGGCUCCAAUCCAAGAUCUUUCUAAUCCAAACCCCAAUACCAUGCUAAAUCCUAGUUCUCGGCUCCCAACGGAACUGGCCUCCUCCUUCCCUAUCCCUAACCCUCUUACUAGCUCCCUCCCUUUACGCGGGCCCCAUCACCGGCGAGCCCACUCCGAGGUUCACUUCAGGAUACCCGACGAGCUUGAUCCGGUCUCCGAUUCUUUAUUGGACGAGUUUGGAUCCGAGGACGACCUCUUCUGUUCUUACAUGGACAUCGAACAGCUCGGAUCCCGACCCGGAAUUUCCGGCCAAUCCUUCCCCAAACCCGAAAAUGCUGCACAGGUGGAGAGGCCGAGGCACCGGCAUAGCAAUUCGGUGGACGGGGGGGCUUCGAUGUUGGAGGGCAUAGAGGCCAAGAAGGCCAUUGCACCUGAAAAGCUCGCUGAAUUGUGGACCGUUGAUCCCAAGCGCGCCAAGAGGAUUUUGGCAAAUCGGCAGUCUGCUGCGCGCUCAAAAGAGAGAAAAGCACGUUACAUAUCCGAACUUGAGAGAAAAGUUCAAACCCUUCAAACAGAAGCAACAACACUUUCUGCACAACUAACUCUUUUUCAGAGAGAUACAACAGGCCUGACUACUGAAAACUCAGAGCUUCAGCUUCGGUUACAAGCUAUGGAACAACAAGCUCAGUUGCGUGAUGCUUUAAACGAAGCACUGAAGAAGGAAGUUGAGAGGCUCAAGGCUGCGACUGGAGAAAUAAUGACACACACUGACGCAUACAAUAUGGAAAUGCACCACAUUUCGUAUCCACCAUCUUCCUUCUUUUCACAUCAGCCACAACCUCAGCCUGGUGACGUGCAGAAUAUUCAAAUGCCGCAAUUUCAUCAAUUCCAGUCCAACAUGUCAAGACCCCACCAGCCUGUGCUCGCUGCGGCCCAAGCACAUGCCUACACAGAUACGUUGCAGCAGGAUCCUAUUGGCCGGUUGCAGGGGCUUGAUAUCAGUGGCAGAAGCUCCCAUAUGGUGAAGCCUGAAGGCAUGACUUCCAUUUCUGUCAGUGAAAGCAGCAACAGAUUUUGAUGCGAAGUCAGUCGACCUCCAUCUGGCCCAAUUCGUUGGAUUGUUCAUAGACUCAUUGAUUGACAGCCAAAAAGGCUUUAUUUAUUUCAAUUUACUUAUUUUUAAUCGGUUGGGCGUCUAAAUUUUUGGUCGCCUUUUCAGGUCUUAUACACUCAUGAGUUCUCUCU